ACAUUACCAAUUAAUUUUGUGUUUACGCCGCCUUAAAAAAAGAAAGUGGGAAUUUGCGAAAUAAAUGCGUCAAACAUUCACAUACAAUAAGCAUCAAAAAUGAGUUUCUUUGGAUCUACAUCAAACAGUUUUGGGAACACAACAUCUGGAAGCCUGUUUGGCACAACCCAAGCCAAUACCAAUUACAAUGCCAUGAAAGAUAUUGAGGUAACAUCUCCCCCAGAUGAUAGCGUCAGCAGCCUCAAAUUCAGUCCAGAGUCAAUGGUGCAGUCAACAUUUAUUGUGGCUGGAAGCUGGGACAAUAAUGUUCGAUGCUGGGAGGUGCAGCAGUCAGGAAACAUUGUGCUGAAGGCCCAGCAGGCACACACUGGUCCGGUUCUGGAUGUCGACUGGAGUGACGAUGGUACAAAGGUGUUCACUGCCUCUUGUGACAAAACCGCAAAGAUGUGGGAUCUCAACAGCAACCAGUUUGUACAGAUUGCACAGCACGAUGCCCCAGUGAAGACUGUGCACUGGGUGAAGGCUCCCAACUACACGUGUGUCAUGACUGGCAGCUGGGAUAAAACACUUAAGUUCUGGGACAUUCGACAGUCCACUCCCAUCAUGAACAUUGCUCUGCCAGAGCGCUGCUACUGUGCUGACGUGAAAUACCCAAUGGCUGUGGUUGGCACUGCUGGACGAGGCCUGAUUAUAUACCAGCUUGAAAAUCAGCCCCAGGAGUUUAGAAAGUUUGAAUCUCCGUUAAAGUACCAGCACCGAUGUGUGAGCAUCUUCACAGACAAGGCUAACCAACCGACAGGGUUUGCCCUAGGCAGCAUCGAAGGUCGCUGUGCAAUUCAUUACGUGAACCCCGCCAACCCCAAGGACAACUUCACAUUCAAGUGCCAUAGACAGAAUGGCACAAGCAGUAACAUGCAGGAUAUUUACGCUGUCAACGAUAUUGCGUUCCACCAUGUACAUGGCACCCUCUCCACUGUGGGCUCUGACGGCAGAUUCAGUUUCUGGGAUAAGGAUGCAAGAAUCAAACUGAAGACCUCUGAGCAGUUUGAUCAACCUCUCACUGCAUGUGAUUUCAAUCCGCAAGGCAAUAUUUUUGCAUACGCCACGAGUUACGAUUGGUCUAAGGGCCACGAGGGCUUUGACCCUCAGAAGAUGAAGCCCCAUAUUUUCUUGCGGCGUUGUUUUGACGAGCUGAAGCCAUCAACUAAAAAGUCGUAAUUGGCCGCCUGUGAAACUUUCGUAAACAAAUAGAACCUUGAACAAUUUGAGGAGAACAUUUGUCUUAAAACCAGAAAAUUUGGGCACACUUUUUAUAUGCCACUAUAUAGUAUGUCAGUGAGAAUGCAGAUACUGGCAACAUUAUUCUUAAAUGAUGGAAGCUUAUUGGCAUAAUUUUGCAAACUUGUAAAUUUGUAUGUCAACUCUAGAAAGUAGUGGAGCAUCCUAAUAAAGGGUCUAUUAAAUUUGAAAAAUUAUGAAUAAUACAGUACUGUCGAAGAUUCAUACAUGUUUUAAGAGAUUUUAUAAAUUUUGUGUUGUAUACUAGUAUAUAUAAAUGCUACUUUUCAUUUCUUUAUAAUCAUAAUUACCGGUAUAAGAAUUUAGCAUGUACAUAUGUUUUUUGUACUUUAUAUGAAUGUGUUUAACAAUACAUGUAGACACUAUCAUUUUGUAAGGAUGUGGACAUUUAAGGCAGUUUUAAACUUGAAUAUGCAUUGAAUAAGUAUAAUGUUAUUACAGCUGAUUUUGUAUUUAAGACAUUAUUUGUUAAAAGACACAGUCUUUAAGAUUUCUUGGAGUUUGAUUUCAUAUUAUUGGUAUCAAGAACCAAACUUACAUUAGAUAAACAAAACUGCACGCAAAAAUAAUGUCUGUGAAAUACAUAAAUUGUUUCAAAGAAAUGAUCUCUUCUCAUGAUACUGCAUUGGUUUCUCCGUUUAAAUUUGUAUGGCAUGGUCUGUUAAUUUCUUGAUAAGCCAAAUUAAAAAAAAAAGAAUGUGUUGAUAUUUAAGUCCAAACUUACAAUUAGAAAUCUCAAACUCUGCUGCUAAAAAUGGAUACGUUAUGCAACAUAAGUUUUGUUUUUGUGUUUAUGUUGUAUUGUGAACAACUACUUUCUAUGUGGAAAAAGUGCUACCAUAAAUGUUUGCUUUCUGAACGCUGUAAUCAAUGUAUAGUGAAAUAUUAUCUUUAUUUUAAUUAAGUAUCCUGUCAGUACAGCAAACAAGAAUUGCUACUAAUAUAAUAUUGCAGAAAUAAAACCUUGACAGUUUACAGUGUUAUAGAAUAAAAGAAAAGAAGAUUGUU